CUUGCAGCUUGACGCCUGGAGGUGAGAUGGCCGAGAAGUGUCUGAGGUUCCUGUGAAUCGGAGCGGCUCAGUGGACAGACCCGCAGGAACCCCUCCGUUCUCCCGCCCCGGUCCGUUAGCCAUUUUCACGGUUUCAUUCUGGUUUUUUCAGGAGCUGAAAGGUGAACGGCUGCAUCACCGACCCUGAGGUCCUGAGAUCAGACCUGGAGACCCGGUUCUGGCUGUAGUUCUGUGGUGAGGCAGCCCGGCUGCCCCUCUGCCUCCAGAUGAAUGAAGAGCCCUCCGGGACACAGAGACACGGCCAAUGCAGGGCAUGCAGGUGUUUCUGCAAACAUGAUGAAGAAGAAGAAUCCACACAAGAAGCAUAAGAGCAGUUUGGGCCCGCCCACCAAAGUUCUGUCCCAGCCGCGGCGCAACAUCGUCGGCUGCAGGAUCCAGCACAUCUGGAAGGAGGGCGGGGGGCACGUGGUGUGGAAGGGAACGGUGCUGGAUCAGGUUCCUGUGAACCCGUCGCUCUACCUGAUCAAGUACGACGGAUUCGACUGCGUUUACGGUCUGGAGCUCCAUAAGGAUGAGCGCGUUCAGGGCCUGGAAGUUCUUCCUGACAGACUCGCCAAGUCCCGCCUGACGGACGUCAGCCUGGCCGACGCCAUGAUCGGGAAGGCUGUGGAGCACAUGUUCGAGACGGAGGAGGGUCCGAAGGAGGAGUGGAGGGGCAUGGUUCUGGCCCGGGCCCCCAUCAUGACCACCUGGUUCUACAUCACCUACGAGAAGGACCCGGUUCUAUACAUGUACCAGCUGCUGGACGACUACAAGGAGGGAGACCUGCGCAUCAUGCCCGACUCCAACGACAGCGUCCCGGCGGAGAGGGAGCCCGGCGAGGUGGUGGACAGCUUGGUGGGCAAACAGGUGGAGUACGCCAAAGAGGACGGCGGCAAACGAACAGGCAUGGUCAUCCACCAGGUGGAGGCCAAGCCGUCCGUCUACUUCAUCAAGUUCGACGACGACUUCCUCAUUUACGUCUACGACCUGGUCAAGACUUCCUAAAGACUGCGCACGUCCCGACAGCGCCGCGACGCAGCGGAAAAGAAAAAACUGCAGCUGACGUCGAUGCGUCUGAAGCAUUUAACCCAGCACACGUUCCUCCGACCAUCCCCGACACAAACGCUCAGAUUCUUCCCGACGGGAACGGGACGGUUUGAAGGCGGAGCCGCCUGAAGCCCUCAGGAGGAAACGAUCACGUCACCCAGGUUCAUCUUUAAUUGGUUUAUUGCUGUUAGGCCGGAAUACCUUCCAGGAUCAUCAGAAGGAUUCUCAAAUCAUUUCUUUUAAAUAUUAGCGAAGGCGUUCAGUCAGAUGGAAAAUCGCAAUUUUCCCACCCGAAUAGUUGGAUAAACCGAUUUGGUCGAUUGUAGCUGACUUCUAAAACAUCAAGAUCCUGGAGCAUUUCCGGAGAAAACGUUUGAAACUCCAGAGAGAAAAUGAGCAGAAAAAAUGUAGCUAGAGGCUGCCGAGGGGCGGAGCCUGAUUUAAAAAAAAAAUCCCUGAUCACAUAAAGAGAAGAAGAAGAAGCAGCACAGACUGGAUCCCCGACAUGAAGGAGGAGUUUUACUGUUUUUAACGCAGCUUUUACGAUCACCUCUAAUCAGGACAGAAAUAUGGAAGCCCAUUUCUACCAGAAACAAAACUGAAAAAAAAAAAAAUCUUACUAUGGGUCAGUAUUAUUACAUAGGAAAAAAAAUGUCAGAAAAUAUUACGUAAGCAAACAUUUGUCCUUCUUUUCAAAGUUGAAAAAUUGCAACGAAAUUGGAAAGAAAUGUAAACUUUUGGCGAAUAUGGCUUGUUGUGUAAAUUUAGCUUUUUUUAAAAGUUAUUUUUAUGAUUGAAUGACAUGAUUUAGGCUCCUGUGACGCAUGGAUAAAGAACCAGAAGCUGAGCGGGAAAAAACAUCUGUAAACAUCUGCCUCCACACUUAGCGACGGCCCUGCUAGCAGCGCCGCGUCGUACCGGAUUCAAAAUGGCUCCCAGUAGCUGCGAUGCUGUUCCGACCCGUUCUCCGUUUUCUGGGGAAGGCCUCCACAUUUCUAUUUUCUUUCCUUAACCAACGCUCCUUUGGAAAGCGGCCCACAGCAUCACAGAUCUUCCUCCAAGCUUCACCCUGAGGUUUAGUUUUUUUUCAUACCAGACCCACCUGGAGGUUUUAUUGGAGAAACGCUCAGCUUACAGGAAGUUGACCAGUUAAGGUCCCAGGAGUAUCAGUUACGAUGGAAGAGAAAACACUCCCUAAGCCUUAAUUUAAAGGCCCCCGCCGCACCUUUACCAGGGAUGCCAUCAACUGUGGAGGAUCCUGAGUGGGUGUGGAACAGCAGCUGGUGGAAGAGAGAAACAUCCAGACGUUGUACAGAUAAAACCAGACAAACGUUUUCCAUCACAUGACGCGCUACCUACUCAAGCUCAGUGUCACAAGUAUUCAGCUUCAGAAAAAAGUCAACAACUUCCUGUCUUGAAGACGUCUGCAGGUAAAAACUGUGAAGAAAAACGUGGCUUUUUGUUUUUAUUUUUUAUCUUUGCUUUUGAUUGAUGCCAAAAAAAAAACAAAGUCUCCUUCUUGUUGUGGAUUUGUUUGAUGUUCAAAAUGAUGGGACAGCUUUUUUCUUGUGAUUUCACUCAAGCCUUUAAAUUUAAUGGUGUUUGUCUUUUCUAAGUCGUCGAUGAAGGAUCAUAGGGUUGAGAAAGGAGGCCGGGAAUUUGCCUGUUUGCCGUCUUUCCGUAGUUUAUUUCAGCUCCCCUGGUUACUGAGGGCCGUUUAGAAGAAAAGAUGGAAGAUCGUUAGUGAGGCCGACUGGCGUGGAGCUUCAGAGAUCCACCAGAGGAGGAAAGGAGGAGAACAUCCACGUUGUUUCUGGAACAUUUUGGGCUUCAGAAGUCACCGGAAAUUCAAAAUAAAGACAAACGAGCAUCAGAGCUAAAAGCAGUCGACACUUCCUGUUUAAGACGUUUAACGUUGGAAGUCGCAUCAUGGUUCCGUCCCUGGUUUUGUUUUUUUUGGCUCUAAAAGUGCGUUUUUUUUUUUUUUUUGAUCGGCCAAAAGAUCAAAUUUGACGACUAAAGGAGUGUAAACCUCAGAUGUUCAUUAGGCUCUUAUUUGAAGCAUGUAAAGAGGAAGAACAAGGUUCUCGGUAAACAAAAGAAAUUAACGGCCAUUAAAGGUUUAGAUUUUUUUUCCCACUAAUGUGCUUCUGGGUUAUUUUAAUAAUUUAGUCCAGACUGAAGGUUUUCCAUAAACAUGUUUUCUGUUCCGAUUGAAAUCUUUUAAUUUUAAGGUGAUAUUUUUGCAUCUUUCCACCAAGUAGAAUAUAGGGAUAUCCCAAUCUCACAGUAACAUUUAUUUAAAAAAAAUAUAUAAUUUUUUUUUCUAUGAAUAUUUAAAUAUAAAGGUAUAUGAAAACAUAGAUGCAAAUAGCAAACAGGAGCAUCAUCACAUCCCUGAAGCAUAACAUAAUGGAAGAAAAUAGAAGAAACAUCUAUGGAACUUUUAACUUUUCCCAUAUUAAUGUUAUUUUCCAUAAGAAACUAAUUGCUUUUAAAUACAGUAUUUCUUUCUCUUUAAUGUUUAAAACAUUCAAGCAUUUAGCAUCACGGUUACAAAAAGCUGCGGAGAAACGAGCUCUUCGUCCUGCUAAUUGGUGGCAAUUUAAAAAUUAAGCAGUAACUGCAAAUGUUUUAGUUUAAUGAGUAUUUAGCAUAUGCUAACAAGCUUUUUACUUAGCAAAUGUAUGUUGGUAAUUAGCAUGUAUUAAAUGUUGCUUUGUUCUGUGAUUUUCAUUGCUUAUCUGAAAAAAAUCUAAACUUUCCAAAUGUUUUAUUUAUUCAGGUUAACUGAUGGAAUUAGG